AUGGCCGAGAUCGACAGAAUGGAUGAGCUCGAAGCGAUUACGAACGCGCUGGACGAAUACCAAUCAACGAAACUAUUUUCGCUUGAUGUAAGACGCGACUUGAUUGGCCAAGAAGCGUCGUUUGAUAACUCGCAAGAAAUCGACACCAAUGAGGACCUUCCUGAAAACGUGAAACAGAUGGAAGUCGACGAGAAACUGCUCACUACUUUGGAUUAUGAUCUGAUUAGUUACGAGUCUUACCUCUCGGCAGUCAAAUUCAACUGGGUCGAGGCCGCUGCAAAAGAAAAGUUUAUCGCGAGCACGAUAUUUGAGGAAAAGGGAUGGAAUUGUUCAUACGACGAGAUCCAAAGACUGAAUGUGACCAACUCGGAGUAUGAGACUACGCUCAAGGCUUUACAAGCAGCAAUUGAUGAUGAUGAAAGCAAGAUCUUAGAGAUGGCGCAGGAGCUCCAAGACCGAUACACGGACGCACAGGCGACGUACAAGCUGAACCGGGCAUUGACGAACGAUAUAGCGGACUUGGAGCUCGAGCUGAACGAGCUCAAGAUGAACCAGAAGGAGGACGACAUGGAGCUGAUGACGAUCAGCGAGGCGACUGAGGCCGCCGGAGAUUUGGAACGUCAGCUGAUGGAAUUGGCCUCCAAGCUCUCGGAAAAUCACCAGCAGAUCCCCAAGUUGAAGGCCCAGUAUCCUAAAGAAUUCAAGCUCGUCGACCAGCUCAGAGUCGAACGGAACGCGCUUGAUAAGGCGGAAGGUGACCGUAGAAGAACCCUGGGUGGAAAGACCAAGAGAAGUUCGAUUGCUAAACUGGAAUCCGCUCGAACAUGGUUAACCAGUACCACUCAAAGUUACAGGGCCGCGAUGGGGAUACUAUCAAUUGACAUUUCAGGCUCAAAUCCACUAUUUCCCAGCAAGUUACACAUCAAGUUUGGUCUACGCCAUCCGCUAACCGGGACGCUUGUGAUUGAAUUCGCUGGGUCUCCUGCGCUUGGGACCCUGACCAUCUCAUCCGCCUAUCUCGACCAAUCUUCUCAGGAUAUCAGCUCGAUUGUCGACCCUCAUGUCCGUAAUGAUGAACUCAUCGCUUUGAUUAUCUCCGUCCAACUCUUCCUGGCCCAGCUCCAAUCUUCCCUCCCCGAGAAUUGA